AUGUUACCAUUUGAUUACUGUUGUUCAUCAGUAAAAAAAGAGUUAGGAAAACGUAUGUGUAAAAUAUGUAAUCAAUAUAUUCCAUCAGCAUAUUGUACGAAAAAUUAUUAUAAAAUUCAUGCACAACAUCAUGAAACUCUUGAUCAUAAUCAAGAUGACAUAUUAUCACUACCAGCACCAUUAACUGAUAUAAAAACAAGUUCAAAGGAAAGUCAAGCAACAGCAGCACCGCCUGUGCUUAAAACAGAAAUGUUAGAUUGGCUUCGAUCAGAUUUUGAUGACUGUGAUUUGAGUCCAGCACCAGCUCGACUUGCAAGUGAUCGUGUUACACGUUCAAUGAAAAAAUUACAUAUUCAAGAAAACAAAAAUUAA